GCAGCCCUAGAAAUUAAUUAUCACAUGGAAUUGCUCCUCAUGGAUCCCCGCAUGAGAAAAGGACCGUCUCUUCCCUUGUGAAUAAAUAGCCAAUAUCCAUUGCCUUCUAUCCAGCACAACAACAGACCUCCUUUCUUCUUCAGUCUCGAAUUCCUUACCACCUUACUGACAAUAUGAUCAGCGCGAAGAAGCUCCUGAAAAUGGCAAGGAAGUGGCAAAAGCUGGCUAGCAUCAAGAGAAAAAGAAUUACACUCCCAAAAGCCACUGGAGGUGAGAUUGCAGGCAGUUGCAACACUUCAGCGGUGGCUGAUAAGGGUCAUUUCGUUGUAUACACUGCUGACAAAAGACGCUUUGUUCUUCCUUUGGAAUAUCUUAACAAGGAAAUCUUCAAGGAGCUCUUUAGAAUGGCAGAAGAAGAAUUUGGUCUGCCAAUAAAUGGGCCUAUCACGUUGCCAUGUGAUGCAGCGUGUGUGGAGUAUGUAGUUGCAAUGAUCCAACAGAAUAUAGCCAAAAAUCUGGAGAAAGCAUUGGCCAUAGCCAUAGCUACUGAAUGCUGUCCAUCAUCUUCAUAUCUCCCACCACAUGUACCAAUACCGAACCCACAAAUCCUGCAGAUCUGCAGCUUCUGAAGCAAAUUGAAUUUUGUUCUGCAAUUGAUUGACAUCAUGUACAUAUGAUACUAUUAUUAAAUUCUUCGACCAUUAAUUAUUUAA